UGGCCCCUUCGUUUUCUCGUCGUAGAAAGUAGAAUCGUAGGCUUCUAGCGAAGAGUGUGGGUGGGUAGCAGAUAUGGCGUGGAGGGGGCAACUUUCUCGGAAUCUCAAGGAGCUUCGGAUUCUCUUUUGCCAAACAUCACCUGCGAGCUCCUCCGCUAGGGCAUUUGUUGAGAGGAAUUACAAGGAUCUAAAGACUUUGAAUCCCAAAGUCCCGAUCUUGAUCCGUGAAUGCAAUGGAACCAGACCCCAACUAUGGGCUAGAUACGACAUGGGUGUUGAGAGGGGCAUUCAUCUGGAAGGCUUGACAGAGGAACAGAUCUCAAAGGCGGUUGAAGACCUUGCGAAACUGGGGGCAGCCCUUAAAGGCUGAUACUGCCGCUCCUGGACCAUAUACACUGAAAUAAGUGGAUAUCCUUAGGAAAUUCUUCCUGAGAUGGUCUGUUUUCUGAUUUAGCAUUCAAUCCAACUUGUUUUGAAUACUCGAUAAUCUAAUUUUGUGCUUUGGCUACUCUAUGCACAACAUUUGGUCAUUCUUAUGGUCCACAAAACAUUCAGAUGGCUGAUGAUUGUCAUAGGUUUUUCCGUCUUGUAUUAAAUCAGUAGCUUGGGAUGUUGGAACCCCAAGAAUUGGUUCAUUUUUCAUUGUUCGAAGCAACCGAUUGGGAUAUGGUAUGAACACAAUUUGAAUGGUUGGUCUAACAAAUCCCUCCUCCAGCCCCAGUUAAAAAUAAGGGGCGAUAAUAGUUAUUUCUAUUAAUAUCAAUUUGAGGUUUUAAA